ACCCAUUCUUCUAGUUUCUACGUGCAACAAGAAACCCAAUAUCUCUCUCUCUCUCUCUCUCUCCCCCCUCGUCUCUGUUUCCUUGUCGAAAGAAACAAAGAAAGAGAAUCUAUAUGGAGAGAGAAGAGGCAGAGAUUGAUCGUUUACCAAUAGACUUAGUGGCUUACAUAUUUGGUUUCAUCAUUUCCUUCACUGAUUUAGCCCAGGCAAGUAGUGUCUGCAGGAAAUGGAAAGAAGGGGUGAAGCAAUCUUUAGCUCAAAGAAACAGUAUGAGCUUUGCUGGUUGGAAGAUGGAUGAUGAUUCCACUACCCGUCUUGUACGCCUUGCUUACAACCUCAAAGAACUUGACAUUUCUAGGAGCCGUUGGGAUUGCCAGAUAACUGACAAUGGACUGUAUCAAAUUUCUCUGGCAAAUUGUAUUGGCAACUUGACAUCCAUAUCUCUAUGGGGCAUGGCCAGGAUCACUGACAGGGGUGUUGUUCAACUGAUUUCAAGGGCUAAUUCAUUGCAACACCUGAACAUUGGUGGUACAUUUGUCACAGAUGAGUCUUUAUUUGCUAUUGCAGAUAGCUGUCCACGUUUAAAGAGCAUUGUCCUAUGGAGCUGCCGCCAUGUAACAGAAAUUGGGCUUCUUAAUCUAGUAAAUAAAUGCCGAAAACUCGAAUCAAUCAAUGUAUGGGGAACCAGAGUUCCUGUAAACUGCUUCAUUGAUUUGCUGACUAUUAGCCCUUCCCUUCAAAUUAAACCACCAGGAGUGCUUUUAAACUUUGGAGGUGCUGCAAUAUUGCCAGUCGCAUGAGCUGCUCAACUUGUGUAUGCAUUUCUCUAUUGCUUUCUGUACAGAUUCUUAUUUCUGCUGUGUUUCGAUCAUAUUAUCACAAGCUAAUAAAUUCAAUAAACAACAAGCGAUAGCUAUCAAAUUCUUGUUCUGUAUCAUUGUAGUUAAUUAUUCAUCUGUAAAUUAUGACAUUUGGCAUUGUAAUAGUAUAUAUCAAGAUUGGAGCUGUGUACA